CUGCAUAGCAGUUGCGAGAAUAGCCCGACUGGGGGAAUCCGACGGAGGCAUCGUCCGUGCGAUAAAGAACGGCAAGAAGUUGUGCAUUUAAAGACAGAAAGCUCGUGGCUCCCAGAUCCACGUGUAUUCGGACGAGGCGCGUGCUGCCAGCCACCCUGCCGCAGGUAUCAUCGAACUGCGUCACGACAAGAGCUGCACAUAGUCCUAUACCACCCUCGAUCCCGGUAUAUAUUCCAUUUCUAUCCUACCCGCUCGUCCCAUCUAGUCACCACCCCCUAUCGAUCCUUCACCAUGUCCCUCUUCGGCACCUCCCCGCCCGGCACCGACCGCGACCGCCCCAAAUCCUCCCUCUUUGCCGACGAUGACGACGCCUUCUUCACCCCCUCGAAAGGCUCAACAAGGGGCACCAACGGCACCGCCGCCGUCCCGUCUCCCGUGCGAAUGCCCUCGUCUAGCCUCUUCGCCGACGAUAGCAACGGGUUCGCCAAGCCCGAGAGUAACGGUGAUGAGCAUUCGCCGUGGGGGCUGCCGACGCCGAAGAAGGCCGGGCGGAGUGAGCUGGUUAGAAACCUCCUUAGGGAAUCGGAGGUUCCGGAGUCGUAUCGGGACGGUUGGGGACGGUUGGAUACGGAAGGAGGGGUUCCCAGCGUUACGAAGUUGAAAGAGUGGGUGUCACAGGCGGUGGGCGCGGCGAACGGGGAGAGGAUAUGGGAUAUAAUGGGCCUCACGGGUCGUGGAGAUGCGGCGUUGACGGCGAAUGAGUUUUGGGUAUUGUUAGCUCUGGUGGGAUUGGCGGAGGAAGGAGAUGAUGUCAGUCUGGACGGCGUGGACGAACGGAGAAGGAAUCUACCUCAACCACGACUCGAUGGUUUGCUCCCCGCGCCGAAGCCCGACAUGAGCAAACCACAAGUCACCGAGGGCGCGGACGAUGCGUUCUCGCACAGCCCAGAACGACCGCCGCGCGACGAUUCCCCCAUUAUGUCGACCCCCAUCCGCUCCCCAGCGACGCAACGACCCGCCUUUGCCCUCCCCGAAUCCGAUCCAUGGGGUAGCCCCGAACUGCAUCAGGGCCACCGACACCCCCCGAUUCCUACAACUGCCCAUCAGUCCAGCACGGGCACCUUGCCGGUACGGACGACCAGUAACUUCACCACCGCGUCCGGUUCGUUCGGUUCGUCGCCGCCCACCAGCCGCGCUACGGGCCAGGGCGCGUCAAGCGCCUCGUCGUGGGGGAACUAUAAUGGCGCCGCGAAUGAAGGUUUUGCGGCCUCGGGUCUCCCGGCCGGAUUUGGCAUCGCUGGAGGGAGUGGUGGCGGAGACGACGAUCACGGUGAGCUUGGUAGGUCGGGCUUCGGUCGUCCCCGGCCGUCGACGCAAGGUCCGGAGGAGGCGAUCAUGGUCACGUCGUUAUCGGAGAAGGAGGGGCCGUUCAUGUUCCAGCAUCGGAACUACCAGGUGACGAGUGCGCGGAGGAACAGCAAGGUCAUUCGCAGAUACAGUGACUUUGUUUGGUUGUUGGACUGCCUCCAGAAGCGGUAUCCGUUCCGGCAACUUCCUUUGCUACCCCCUAAACGAGUUGCAAUCAAUGGGAACUAUAUGACGUCCGAUGAUAGCUUUAUUGAGAAGAGGCGAAGAGGACUGCAGCGAUUCGCGAACGCUUUGGUCAGGCACCCUGUGCUAAAUCAAGAGCAGCUCGUCAUCAUGUUCUUAACGGUUCCUACGGAAUUGUCUGUGUGGCGCAAACAAGCAUCAAUCACAGUGGUCGAAGAGUUCACCGGGAAAGCGCUGCCUCCCGGUCUCGAAGACUCCUUGUCACCCAACCUCCAAGAAACCUUCGACACUGCUCGCUCCGGCGUUCGGCGCUCAACGGAUCUCUACGUCACCCUCUGCAGCCUUCUGGAGCGUUUGGCAAAACGCAACCAAGGAGUCGCCGCCGACUACAACCGAUUCGCCCGCGGACUCACCGCCCUAACCGAGGCGUCAGCCGAUACCUACACCGUCGACACCAACGACGUGCCCCUCCUGAACGACGGCCUCAACGCCGCAGCAAAGCACCUCUCCACGUCCCAGGCCCUCCUCGAAGACGAAGCCAAGGCGUGGGAGGAAGGCGCGCUUGAAGACCUCAAGCGCCACCGUGACGCCCUAGUUAGCCUGCGCGACCUGUUCGAUCGACGCGAUCGGUUGGACAAGGACAACAUCCCCCAGCUCGAGCGGCGGAUCGAGGCCAGCGAGGCGAAGUUGCAGACGAUCCGCGCGAAGCCUGCGGGGCAGGUGAAGCCGGGCGAGGCGGAGAAGGUCGAGGAUGCGAUCGUGAAGGACAAACAAUCCAUCGUCGCGCAGCAUGCGCGCGGCGUCUUCAUCAAGGAGUGCGUGCGGGACGAGUUGGUGUACUUCCAGCAGAGCCAGUACAACGUCAGUCGGCUGCACCAGGAUUGGAGCCAGGAGCGGGUGAAGUACGCGGAGUUGCAGGCAGACAAUUGGCGGGGCUUGAGCGAGGAGGUGGAAGGGAUGCCGUUGGGGGACUGAUGGCGCUUAGUUCAGUGUAGGCAUACCUUUUGUUUGCUGUAUCUAGCUGGAUUUGUGACAGGUUACGGGGCCUGGUCGGUACGUUGUUGUGCGGUGUUUUCGAUAGGGCUUUUUUGUACAUGUGUACAGGUGCAUCCGUUCAAGCGGAGGCGUGGCACAUAUUGGAACGGUUUUCUGAGAGCGUGCGAUACUCCUGUCUAGUUUGUCGUCAUUGGAAUAUUGAUGCUGUUCACUCUUUCGAAUGGUUCCGCCCCUCAGUGGUUGACCCUGCUGUGUAGAAAAAGUUGCUGCUCGUUCAUGAUCAGAGUGGAUCUGAAUCGAGGAUUAUAUGGUCCUAAAUGCUCGGUUCUUAGGAUAGGCUACCCA